GAACCCGAGGGAAAAAAGCAGGGAGAAGCCUGAGUACCAAAGGUCGUCGUGUGUCUGGGUCCGAGCUGGAGAUGGACAGAUCUGCAUCAUCACCAGAUCCGGAGCGGAGCAGCCCCCCCAUGCUGUCUGCCGACGAUGCCGAGUACCCUCGGGAGUACCGGACCCUGGGGGGUGGGGGCGGAGGGGGCAGCGGGGGCCGGCGCUUCUCCAACGUGGGGCUGGUGCAUACCUCCGAGCGCCGGCACACGGUGAUCGCUGCCCAGAGCCUGGAGGCCCUCAGCGGGCUCCAGAAGGCCGAUGCUGACCGAAAGCGAGAUGCGUUCAUGGACCACCUGAAGAGCAAGUAUCCGCAGCAUGCCCUGGCCCUGCGAGGUCAGCAGGACAGGAUGCGAGAGCAGGUCGGCGGCUGGACCGUGGACCCUGUGUGCCUCCUCAGCUCCCUCUGUUCCCACCUCCACGGCGACUCCACCCCCUCAGGGGCUGGCCAGCCUGCCCAGCAACCAAACUACUGGAGCUUCAAGACCCGCAGCUCGCGCCAUACUCAGGGAGCCCAGCCAGGGCUGGCAGACCAGGCAGCCAAGCUGUCCUACGCCUCGGCUGAGUCGCUGGAGACAAUGUCCGAGGCCGAGCUGCCCCUGGGCUUCAGCAGGAUGAACCGCUUCCGACAGAGCUUGCCUCUCUCCCGCUCUGCCAGCCAGACCAAGCUGCGCUCACCAGGGGUCCUGUUCCUGCAGUUCGGGGAGGAGACGCGACGUGUACACAUCACGCAUGAGGUCAGCAGCCUGGACACGCUCCACGCACUCAUCGCGCACAUGUUCCCGCAGAAGCUCACCAUGGGCAUGCUUAAGUCUCCCAACACCGCCAUCCUCAUCAAGGACGAGGCUCGCAACGUCUUCUACGAGCUGGAAGACGUCCGGGAUAUCCAAGACCGAAGUAUCAUCAAGAUCUAUAGGAAGGAGCCACUCUAUGCUGCUUUUCCUGGCUCACACCUCACCAACGGUGACCUCCGGAGAGAAAUGGUUUACGCGUCGCGGGAGUCGUCGCCCACGCGGCGCCUCAACAACCUGUCGCCCGCAUCGCACCUAGCGUCUAGCUCCCCGCCUCCAGGCCUGCCAUCGGGGCUGCCUUCGGGACUGCCAUCAGGCUCGCCCUCGCGCUCACGCCUCUCGUACGCUGGGGGCCGGCCGCCCUCUUACGCCGGCAGCCCGGUGCACCACGCGGCUGAACGGCUGGGAGGCGCCCCAACCAGCCAGGGCGUGAGCCCCAGCCCCAGCGCCAUCCUGGAGCGGCGCGACGUGAAACCAGACGAGGACCUGGCGGGCAAGGCCGGCGGCAUGGUGCUGGUGAAGGGCGAGGGCCUCUAUGCCGAUCCCUACGGGCUGCUGCACGAGGGCCGCCUGAGCCUGGCCGCCGCGGCGGGAGACCCGUUCGCAUACCCGGGCGCGGGCGGCUUGUACAAGCGGGGUUCCGUGCGCUCGCUCAGCACCUACUCGGCCGCCGCUCUGCAGUCGGACCUGGAGGACUCGCUGUACAAGGCGGGCGCCGGCGGCCCGCUCUACGGAGACGGCUAUGGCUUCCGUCUGCCGCCGUCGUCCCCGCAGAAGCUGGCCGACGUCUCGGCGCCCUCCGGGGGACCUCCACCUCCGCACAGCCCCUACUCGGGGCCGCCCAGCCGUGGCUCGCCGGUGCGUCAGUCCUUCCGCAAAGAUUCGGGCUCCUCGUCCGUCUUUGCUGAGAGUCCUGGAGGCAAGGCCCGCAGCACCGGGGGUUCCUCCACGGCCGGAGCACCACCUUCUGAACUCUUCCCCGGACCUGGGGAGCGCUCCCUCGUAGGGUUCGGGCCGCCGGUGCCAGCCAAAGACACGGAGACCAGGGAGCGCAUGGAGGCCAUGGAGAAGCAGAUUGCCAGCCUCACUGGGCUAGUACAGAGUGCCCUACUGCGAGGCUCGGAGCCAGAGACUCCAAGUGAGAAGAUCGAAGGCUCCAAUGGAGCAGCCACCCCCUCAGCACCAGUGUGUGGGUCAGGCAGUAAGAGUAGCGGGGCUACUCCGGUGUCGGGCCCUCCCCCGCCCUCGGCCAGCAGCACGCCUGCAGGGCAGCCCUCUGCUGUCAGCCGUCUGCAGAUGCAGACGCAUCUGCGUGGCCUACAGAACAACGCUAGCGACCUGCGUGGCCAGCUUCAGCAGUUGCGCAAGCUCCAGCUCCAGAACCAGGAGUCGGUGCGAGCGCUGCUGAAGCGCACCGAGGCGGAGCUGAGCAUGCGCGUGUCGGAGGCGGCCCGGCGGCAGGAGGACCCGCUGCAGCGGCAGCGCACCCUGGUGGAGGAGGAGCGUUUGCGUUACCUCAACGAUGAGGAGCUCAUUACUCAGCAACUCAAUGACCUAGAGAAGUCAGUGGAGAAGAUCCAGAGGGACGUGGCCCAUAACCACCGGCUGGUGCCAGGUCCUGAGCUGGAGGAGAAGGCACUGGUGCUGAAGCAGCUUGGGGAGACGCUGACAGAGCUCAAGGCUCAUUUCCCAGGCCUGCAGAGUAAGAUGCGGGUAGUGCUUCGUGUAGAGGUGGAGGCGGUGAAGUUCCUGAAGGAGGAACCUCAACGCCUUGAUGGACUUCUCAAGCGCUGCCGGGGGGUCACCGACACGCUGGCCCACAUCCGAAGGCAAGUGGAUGAGGGCGUGUGGCCUCCCCCCAACAAUCUCCUGAACCAGUCCCCCAAGAAGGUGGCAGCUGAAACAGACUUCAGCAAAGGUGUGGAUUUUGAGAUACCACCCCCGAGUCCUCCACUGAAUCUCCAUGAGCUGAGUGGACCUACGGAAGGCACCCCUCUCACCCCAAAGAGCAGCAACCCCACCAAAGGCCUGGAUGCUCCCGGCAAGAGAAACACCGACAAAGCUGUGUCUGUUGAGGCUGCAGAGAGAGACUGGGAAGAGAAGCGGGCAGCUCUGACCCAGUACAGCGCCAAGGACAUCAACCGACUGCUGGAAGAGACCCAGGCCGAGCUGCUCAAGGCCAUCCCUGACCUGGACUGUGCCAGCAAGACCCACUCUGGCCCUACACCCACUCCAGACCACAAGCCCCCUAAGGCACCUCAUGGUCAGAAGGCAGCCCCCCGGACAGAGCCCAGUGGGAGAAGAGGAUCAGAUGAGCUCACAGUGCCCCGAUACCGCACAGAGAAGCCCUCUAAGUCACCCCCACCACCCCCUCCCCGCCGGAGCUUCCCUUCCUCCCACGGCCUGACCACCACGCGCACCGGAGAAGUAGUGGUCACCAGUAAAAAAGACUCGGUCUUCAUCAAGAAGGCUGAGUCUGAGGAGCUGGAGGUCCAGAAGCCGCAGGUGAAGCUACGCCGUGCUGUGUCUGAGGUGGUCCGCCCCGCCUCCACGCCGCCCAUUAUGGCGUCUGCCAUCAAGGACGAGGACGAUGAGGAGCGGAUCAUUGCUGAGCUGGAGAGUGGUGGUGGCAGCGUGCCACCCAUGAAGGUGGUGACGCCCGGAGCCUCUCGGCUGAAGGCAGCCCAGGGUCCAGCAGGCAGCCCUGACAAAGGCAAACACAGCAAGCAACGAGCGGAAUACAUGAGGAUCCAGGCCCAGCAGCAGGCCACUAAACCAUCUAAAGAAAUGAGCGGUCCGAAUGAGACCUCAAGCCCCGUCUCAGAAAAGCCCUCUGGUUCCAGAACCUCCAUCCCUGUAUUGACUUCCUUUGGGGCAAGGAAUUCUUCCAUCUCCUUCUAGAAGCCCCUCAUGCAACACCCCAGCCUGCCCCUCCCUCACUCCUGCCAUCGACCCGCCUUCCUCUCGUACCCGCUCUCCCCUCCCCACUCUCACGCCUGAAGGGUUGCGGGGGCGCGAGGCCCUCCGCUCUCUCAUCUCCUCUUGGUGUUUUUGGUUUUUUAAAGCGAUUUCCUUUAAUUAUCUUUCUUUUUCCUUUUUUUCCUUUUUUAAAGAGCAAAAGAGAAAGCUAAAAACCAAACACACCAACGUCCCCUGACUUCCGGUUCCCUAGCGGCCUCUGCUCCGCCCACUUCCUGUCAUCUUCUUCCCCUCUGCUCUUUCACCCUCUUCCCCCCACCCCCCAAGUCCAUCCAAAGUUCCUACCUCCCCUAACUUCCCAAGAACACUUGGAACAAACUCUGAGCCACGGAGACUUGGAGCGGAACGAGACCCCCCUCCCAUUACUGGGUUCCUUCCUGGAGGAACAAAUGGACGAGGACUGACCCAGCGUCAGGCUGGACAAUGGACAAGGGAGAGCCUGGCCUUGGAGACGCCCCACUGUCUGUCCAGCCUUCGAAGAGACAGAGCAAUGCUGCUGCCCUGUGGGGUUUCUUUCGAACCAGGGUGGGCCUGGUAGCAGGCCCAGCUGGAGGGGAUCCCCAGAG